UGGGGGGAAAAAACUUAUUCGCUAUUUUAAUGAAGAUGCCCGGAAGCAACGCAAUGAUAUUUGUCGGGGUGUCAUUUAGUAUGUUUUUAAUUCUCAUGACAAGAACGUCGAACUGCGUUGCGUCAGGAAACAGUAAAAUUAUCAGGAGUCUGAAUGUCAGUCAAACCACUAAUAAAAAUCAAACUAUCAUCUUAACACGGACGGGUUCUGACAACCGCAAAAAUACACAUUCCAGCGAUCACGCAUCUACAUCAUUAGUAAAUAAAUCUACUACUGCAAAGACCACGGUUCAAUCUACCCGUGCACCGAAAACUACUACAACAGCAAGUUUCCACACUGAAGAUUUGAAUGAGAGUAUCGAUAAGCAUGUUGAGAGAAGAGUUUGGGAUAAACGAGUUCAAAAUGAACCCCUGGAACUAGAGUGUCCUCCUCUGGGUCUGGAGUCCCUGCGGGUUAAGGAUAGGGACCUGCGGGCCUCGUCUUACCAGAGGCGAGGACUUGGUCCCCACAGGGGCCGCCUCAACAUUCAGUCUGGCAUUGAGGACGGUGACAUCUAUGAUGGGGCGUGGUGUGCCCGGUUUAAGGACCAGAAGCAAUGGCUGGAGCUGGACGCCCGCCGCCCCACCCUCUUCACCGGCGUCAUCCUACAGGGUCGCAACUCCAUCUGGAGCUGGGACUGGGUGGAAACCUACAAGGUACAGCUGAGUAAUGACUCAUUGGCGUGGAAGCCCAUCAUGAAUGGGACAGUCGAGGCGGUGUUUGAGGGGAACCAGGACGCUGAGACGCCGGUGCUGGGCCUCUUUCCAGAGCCGAGUGUAGCCCGCCACCUCCGCAUCAACCCCCAAACCUGGUAUGAGAACGGAACGGUGUGCCUGCGGGCCGAGGUACUGGGCUGUGUCCUCCCAGAACCGAAAAAUGUUUACACCUGGGAAGCAGAGAAAGGGUCAAAGGACGAUCUGGACUUUAAGCAUCACAACUACAAAGAGAUGAGAAAGCUCAUGAAGGCUGUGAAUGAGGAGUGUCCUGACAUCACGCGGAUCUACAGCAUCGGGAAGAGCCACAUGGGCCUCAAGCUGUACGUCAUGGAGAUCUCUGACAACCCGGGCAAACACGAACUGGGUGAACCGGAGUUCCGCUAUGUGGCGGGGAUGCACGGCAACGAGGUCCUCGGUCGGGAGCUGGUCCUGAACCUGAUGCAGCACCUCUGUAGCGAAUACAAGAGGGGCGACCAGCGCAUCGUCCAGCUGGUGAAAGAGACCCGCAUCCACCUGCUACCCUCCAUGAACCCUGAUGGCUACGAGAUGGCCUACAGGAAGGGCUCAGAGUUAUCCGGCUGGGCGUUGGGUCGUUACAGCUACGAAGGGAUUGACAUGAACCACAAUUUUGCGGACCUGAACUCAGUCAUGUGGGAUGCCAUGGAACGGGAGACAGACAAGACCAAGCUGAUCAACCACUACUUCCCCAUCCCAGAGUUCUACCUGUCUGAGGAGGCUUUCGUUGCCUCAGAAACCCGUGCCGUCAUCAACUGGAUGAAGAGCAUCCCUUUUGUGCUGAGCGCAAACUUGCACGGGGGGGAGCUAGUGGUCACCUAUCCCUUCGACAUGACCCGCGAUUGGGCCCCGCACGAGCACACGCCUACCCCAGAUGACAGCUUCUUCCGCUGGCUGGCCACGGUCUAUGCCAGCACCAACCAAGUCAUGUCCAACCCCGACCGCAGGACCUGUCACCAUGACGACUUCCUGCGCCACAACAACAUCAUCAACGGCGCGAACUGGCACACCGUCCCAGGCAGCAUGAAUGACUUCAGCUACCUGCACACCAACUGCUUUGAGGUAACGGUGGAGCUCUCCUGUGACAAGUUCCCCCAUGCCAGCGAGCUUCCCAUCGAGUGGGAGAACAACAAGGAGUCCCUCCUGGUCUACAUGGAGCAGGUUCACCGCGGGAUAAAAGGCUUAGUGAUGGACAAGGACUCCAAGGCCGGCAUAGCUAAUGCUAUCAUCAAAGUAGAUGACAUUGACCACCACAUCAGAUCAGCGGCUGGUGGAGACUACUGGCGGCUGCUGAACCCAGGAGAAUACGAGGUCACGGCUAGCGCCGAGGGCUACUACCCCGUCACCCGGUCGUGCCGCGUGGAGUACCAUCACUACCCCACUCUCUGCGACUUUCACCUCGCCAAGACGCUCAAGCAGAGGCUGCUGGACAUCCUGGCCAAGGGCGGCAAGCUCCCGAAGAGCGUGAAACAGCGGCUGCACCAGCUGCGCCUGCGCAGGUUGCGCUCUAGCACCCAGGCCAUCAACCGCCGCCGCGCCCGGGAGCGCAGGGCCAGGGCCUUCCGUCGCUAAGCGAGAGCCAAUGGGAACCCUCAUCUGGGGCUGCCAUUUUCUAUCUCCUGCCAACAGCACUGCUGCAUAGUGCCUCUGAAAGCAGCGAUUCUCAGAACGUACUGCGGUGGUGAAAACUAACAUUAUGGACACUUCGGUGUUUGGCAAAUACCAAAGAAGAUGAUCAGAAACAGUAUAUAACAUAACUGAUAUUAGGCCUGUAACCACCCUACUUAAUUGCUCCAUUACCUCUUAUACUGUAGCUGUGACACCAUAAUCUAAAUUUAUACUACAGUUGAAUUUUUAUUCGGAGCCUGGAACACAAACUGUAAGGAAUGCUUUUGUUACCCCUCAUUACAUUUAAAUAUGUUGACACAAUACAAAUGACAAUGUGAUUAAAAUUUUGGCAUCUAUAUGUUAUAAUCGUCUUGAUAUACUAGCAAGUGCCUUGGAGUGCUUCGGUUAACAGGCUGGAAACAACUGUGGGGAAAUAGGUGAAGUUUUUAACGCUGAAAACUAUUUAGUAACAUUUGUCAUUGAUCACCUUCUAAACACAUGCAGCGAUUCUGAGCUUGAGAUGAAAUGAUCAGUGUAGUCAAUAUAAUACAGGACUCAUUUCAAAAUGGGCAUUGAUUUAUUCACUUUCACAUUUAACCUGAAUAUUUUACUUAGAAAUUCAUAGAGAACAUGACUGAAUUAAACUUGUCAGGUUGUUAGUGAUUUAAUAUUUAUUUGAUGAAGCAAGAAUAGACCCUUUCUGUCAUAGACCAAAGAACUGGACAUUUGAGGAUGGAUUGCUGUAAAAUACAGCAAGAGAUUGGACAAUUUAUGCAUUGACAUCAAGAACUAUGUUUUAAAAACAGUCCUGCAUAGCAUCUCUAAGGUCAGCUUGAUAUUAAGCAGCUAGCUAACAUGGCAGUUGCAAUUGAAAAGCUGUUUUUUAUUGGUUUGGAAUCAUGUACCCAUAUCAGAGCAUACUGGUUAUAUGCAGACUUGUAAUGUGUAUUAAUGUUUUCUCAAACAUGUGAAUAAAAAUGCUGGCAUUCACAGGUCCUUGCAAGCCAAGUGACAACUGUAUACAGUACAUAGGGCUUCACAGCGGUGCGGAUAUUUUCCAGCUUUGUCUCGUUCUGUUGGAGUGGUUCGACUUUCAGCUUCAUUUAAAAGCAUAUGCAUGUGUCAAAAGCAAUCGUUUCAUGCAUCUUGAGCUGACAAAUUUCCCCCUUUUUCCCAAAUAUUAAUUUUUUAUUCAUAUAUUUUUAAGUUACCACCAAUUGUGACCAAUCUCUAAACUAAAUGCUUUGUAUAAGACAGGAAUAUUCUAGAAAGCAGGACAUUGUGUUUGCUCAAGCUGUUUUGAUUCAUACACAAGUCAUUUAACCCCUACUGUCUUGUGUCAUUUGUAAAGUAUGUAUUGGUUUUGGUCUUAUUGUUUUCUUGUUUGCAGCGUCGUCUUGUACUUUUUCUUGUGUGUUGUCCCAUGUCCAUGUAAAUGAUGGUGCUUAUCUGUAGGAUAUUGUCUGUUUUUACUAUUCUGACUGAUUACGUAUAAAUAUUUCCUCACUGAGGACAAUAAAGGUCUAUUCUGUUCUAU